AUGGUAAACCAGCACUUCUUUAGCCACGAAAACACUUGUGAAGCAAAUGAAUGCCAAACGAAAUGCCGGCCAAAGACAUGCCGUAUAUUAUAUGCCACACAAACGGGGACUUCAAGACAAUUGUCACUACAAUUGGACUCAUUCUUAAGGCACACAUUAAGCCAAGACAUUGACCACAAGAAGAUGACCAUCUCUUUGAAUGCCAUCAAUGAAUACGAACCCGAAGACAGUCUUGUGUCGGACGCCAACAAUAAUGCUAUCAUUAUAAUAGUGAUGUCCACCUAUUCCUCUGGUAGUCCUCCAUCUGAUGGCAAGUGGUUUUGUCAAUGGCUUCAAGACUUUUCUAAUGAUUUUCGAGUCGAUAAGUCUUCACUCAAAGGCUUGAGUUUCGCCAUCUUUGGUGUCGGCGAUAAGGCUUACGGCCAACACUUCUGUCGUAUAUCACAAGACAUGGACCGAUGGCUCAAACAAUUGGAAGCGACUCCUAUUGUGUCGACACAGCUCUCAGAUAUUAGCGAUUCUUCCGGUUUUGACAAACAAUUCAAACAAUGGAUGAAUGAGUUAUCGUUAAAAUUGUCGAAUAAUUCAUUGACUGAAUCCAAAACUUAUUCUGAAGACACGAAAGAAGACGUGGAAGAAGACGAACCCAACGAUAAUAGGACUAAAAUAGUGGACAUCGAAGACAUUGUGAACAAGUCAUCAAAGGAGAAGAUGUCGUCAAAUGGGAUCAUAAAAGACAUGAUUACUCCUGAACUGCGAAAAGAGUUGACAAAACAGGGCUAUCGACUGAUUGGCAGUCAUUCUGGUGUCAAACUCUGUCGUUGGACUAAAUCAAUGCUCAGAGGAAGAGGUCUCCAAUGUUUAGGCGGUUGUUAUAAACACAGCUUUUACGGGAUUGAGUCCCACCGCUGUAUGGAAACCACUCCGAGCCUCGCCUGCGCUAACAAAUGUGUAUUUUGUUGGAGACAUCACACAAAUCCUGUGGGAACCGAAUGGAAGUGGUCUUUAGACGAUCCCGAACUGGUCUUUGCCGGCGCUCUCUCUAAUCACUACCAAAUGAUCAAUGAAUUCAAAGGCGUUCCUGGAGUUCAGACUCAACGACUUAAUGAGGCGAUGAAAGUGAGACACUGUGCGCUCUCACUGGUGGGCGAACCCAUUAUGUAUCCGCAUAUUAACAGUUUUGUCCGAAUGCUUCACAACAAACAAAUAUCGACUUUUUUAGUAACGAACGCUCAGUUUCCCGAUGCCAUCAAACAAUUAGAUCCGGUGACACAACUGUAUGUUUCAGUUGACGCCAGUUCUAAACAGAGUCUUAAGCGUAUCGAUCGGCCCUUAUUUAGAGACUUUUGGGAACGAUUCACAGAUACUAAAGGCCAGAGAACUGUCUAUCGACUAACUCUUGUGAAGUCAUGGAAUGUCGAAGAACUUGAAGGCUAUGCAUAUCUGGUAGGUCUGGGGAACCCAGACUUCAUUGAGAUCAAGGGAGUGACGUAUUGUGGGACCGGUAAAGACACUCAGCUAACUAUGGCUAACGUUCCCUUUCAUGAGGAAGUGCUCAACUUCUCGCGUGAUUUACUCAAACAUUUGAACAGCAGUUGCGAAUCAGAAGGCAAUGUCAAGUAUGGGCUGUCGUGUGAACACAAACACUCCAAUUGUGUGCUCAUUGCGUCCACAAAGUUCUUGAUUGACAAUCGAUGGCACACUUGGAUUGAUUACGAUAUGUUUGCCCGACUUAUCGACGAGUAUUACCGAAGCGAAGGCACCAAAACCUUUUCAUCGCUCGAUUACAUAGCGUUGACCCCCGAGUGGGCUCUCGUCGGCUCAGAUGAGAGGGGUUUCGAUCCAAACGACACUCGCUUUUAUAGGAAUCGCAAAAAUGCAGCACAACUUGAAUGUUGUCAACCGUUGAAAAUGAACUCCACUUUGAAUACAAUCGAUGAGCAGAUAAUCUGUGAAUUGAAUUCAGACAUCAAUUCAAACACCAAUCGUAUCGAUCAGAAGGCGUUCAAAGAUGUCCACAAGAAUGUCAUCUACAAAGUGGUGCCUCCGAUGGCCAACGACUCAACCAAUGGUAACGGUUUUAUUGUCAUCGAGGAGUCCGACGGCUCUUCGCCACCAACGCCUGUGUCUUCCGGUUCUGACCACAAGAUUACCGAUGGUUUCGGUUUUACUUCAACUCAGAAACUGUCACAAGAGAUGAGACGAUUGCGACAAUUGUUUGACAUACUGUCGGAUCAGUCGGAUGUGGACCACCCGUUGUGUGAAGAGUGCGCUGACUUUGUGAUCGACCAAAUGGACCAUCAAUUGAGACAAUUGGAGGACGAGAGCAAAGAGUACAACGAUUAUCUCAAUUUGAUUCAAUCGGAACAGAGUGUUGACCCAAAUGUGAAUGAAUCGGAAAUCUGUGAACUGACCGAACGGUUCAAGUCUUUGGAGACCAUUGAGAAGCAGUUGACACAAGAACUCAAUGAAGUGAAGGAACAGCAAAAGAAAGCCAACGAAGAUAUUGACAAACAAUCGCACGAAUUGAAGAGACUUUAUGAGGAGGAGGACAAAUAUUGGCACGAAUACAACAACAUUAGACACCAGAUCUUCAUCUGCGAAGACGAACAGCAAAGUGUUGACAAUCAGUUGCGUUACGCGCAGAACCUCUUCGACAAACUCAAGAGGACUAAUGUCUUUAACGCAACAUUUCAUAUAUGGCACAGCGGACCCUUUGGUACUAUCAAUAACUUUAGACUCGGAAGACUACCGACGGUUCCGGUGGAGUGGGGAGAGAUCAACGCGGCGUGGGUUCCGUACGGAAACCACUCAUUCUUAGAGUCUCUGGAGGACAGAUCGCGUGAACUACCGCUGUAUGCUUCGGGAGGAAUACGGUAUUUCUGGAACAACAAGUUUGACAACGCAAUGGUGGCGUUCCUCGACUGUCUCACACAAUUCAAACAACACAUCCAAACACAGGACUCGGAGUUUGUAUUGCCCUAUAAAAUGGAAAAGGAAACCAUCGAAGAGACUAACAUUGGCGCCAAAUACUCUAUAAAGAUUCAGUUUAACACAGAAGAGCAAUGGACUAAAGCAUUGAAAUUUAUGUUAACUAACUUAAAGUGGGCGCUGGCGUGGGUCUCAGCCCAGUUCCUCAAUAAUCAGUCCGUACCACGACCACAGCAAAGCAGAUCACAUCCAUCGGUUGCGAUACUCUUAUUACAGACGCGUCCCUUCGUUCCCAACGAUCCCGUCUGUGUAUUGGGUUCGCAGAAGUCUGGCGUCUCCUCUGAAUAG